AUGUCCACCCUACCCCCUCCUGCGCCGCGCGAGUCCACCGCCGCUUCGCGUUGGGAGAAUAUCGAGAGUCAACGCAUCAAGCUUGGCUCCUGGAAGAGCCAUCGUGUCGGUCAGCUAGUUGCACUUCUCUUGCAGGAUGACGAGCAAGGCGACCUCUACGGCUAUCACCCAGAUCUCCUCCAGCAUCUUCUUUUCUCGAAGAGAGAGAAGGAUUUGUUUGGGUCACCGCAUGCCUCGUAUAUGUUCUGGCUUAUCGCAUCCGCAAAUGUUGAGGUCGACGUAAUGGCUACAUUCUUCCUGAAUCUCAUCUUCAAGGCCAAAGGGGGCGUUAACGGUCGGCCGGACGCGCCAAUGAUAGUUCAUCCGUUUUUCCUGGAGUGGAGGAAUCGCAAUCGAGAGGCCCGGCUACUCAUGAAGCAUCUAAAGAAGCACUUCAGCGACGUCGAGCUAUAUAGUGAUCGCUACGCAACGAACCGUCUCAACCUACAAUUUCACGUUAAUAACUUCCACCGCCUUAAUAGUAAAUGUUUGAUGAAGCCUCGGGACUAUCUGCUUCGCGUCUUCUGUCACGGCAACCUCUAUCCGUCGAAGGCGUCUGCCGAUCGUUGCCUGGACGUUGAGGAAGCUGAGAACAGCCUUUAUGACCUGCAUUCGCGGUGGUAUGGUGACCUACGCAUAUAG